UAUUUCAUUAUACUAUUUUAUUUAUUAGGGUCCUUUUAUUAUAGAGAACCUAAAGAUACAUCUGUUUGAUACAGUAUCUAUUCAAAUUGAAAACGACCCCCCACGUUUAUCGUCACAAACACCCCCUUAUCAAUUCCUUUGAUUGAACUUUUUUUUUUCCUGUUUAUUCCUAAAUAGAAUUCAUCCAUCAUAAUGUCUGCUGCUACUACAAAACCUAAGCAAGUAAAGAAGGGAGGAAUCACUGACUUGGUGGCCGGUGGUACUGCCGGUUUAUUCGAAGCCCUUUGUUGCCAUCCUUUGGACACCGUCAAGGUCAGAAUGCAAUUAUACCGUAAGUCUGGUCAAAAGCCACCUGGAUUUAUAAGAACUGGUAUUAAUAUUGUGGAAAAGGAAGCAUUUUUAUCCCUCUAUAAGGGUCUUGGUGCUGUUGUUAUUGGAAUUGUUCCAAAGAUGGCUCUUAGAUUUUCAUCUUAUGAGUUUUUCCGUUCUUUACUUUACAAACCAGAUGGUACUAUUUCUACUGGUUCUACUUUCAUUGCAGGUGUUGGUGCUGGUAUCACUGAAGCAGUAUUGGUUGUUAAUCCUAUGGAAGUUGUAAAGAUUCGUUUACAAGCUCAACAUCAUUCUAUGGCUGAUCCUUUGGACAUUCCAAAGUAUAGAAAUGCUCCACAUGCUGCUUAUACUAUUGUUAGAGAAGAAGGUUUCAAAACUCUUUAUCGUGGUGUUUCCUUGACUGCUGCUAGACAAGCAACCAACCAAGGUGUUAACUUUACUGUAUACUCUAAAAUCAGAGAAAGAUUACAAGAAUACCAUGGUACUACUGACUUGCCAGCUUGGCAAACAUCUUGUAUUGGUUUGAUUUCUGGUGCCUUAGGUCCAUUAUCUAACGCUCCAUUGGACACUAUUAAGACUCGUCUUCAAAAGACUACAUUUGCUUCCAAUGAAUCUGGUAUGGUUCGUAUUGUCAAGAUUGGUAAGCAAUUAGUUAAGGAAGAAGGUAUGGGUGCAUUAUACAAGGGUAUUACCCCAAGAAUUAUGAGAGUCGCUCCAGGUCAAGCUGUUACUUUUACUGUCUAUGAAUUUAUGAAGCGUGUAUUGAGUGGUGAAGCUCAACUUCCAGGUUUGAGUAGCAAAAAAUUAGGUUAGUUGUAUAGAUAGUCAUUCUUAUAUAUCCAUUUAAAA